AUGAGUGGGUCUGUUAAGUGCCAUACUCUAUACACGCAUAGCCGUUCUUUUUCUCACGCUAACGAUGAAAUUAAUGGGUCUGUUAAGUGCCAUACUCUAUACACGCAUAGCGGUUCUUUUUCUCACGCUAACGAUGAAAUUAGUGGGUCUGUUAAGUGCCAUACUCUAUACACGCAUAGCCGUUCUUUUUGUCACGCUAACGAUGAAAUUAGUGGGUCUGUUAAGUGCCAUACUCUAUACACUCAUAGCCGUUUCUUUUCUCACGCUAACGAUGAAAUUCGUGGGUCCGUUAAGUGCCAUAAUCUAUACACGCAUAGCCGCUCUUUUUGUCACGCUAACGAUGAAAUUAGUGGGUCUGUUAAGUGCCAUACUCUAUACACGCAUAGCCGUUCUUUUUCUCACGCUAACGAUGAAAUUAGUGGGUCUGUUAAGUGCCACACUCUAUAUACGCAUAGCCGUUCCUUUUCUCACGCUAACGAUGAAAUUAGUGGGUCUGUUAAGUGCCAUACUCUAUACACGCAUAGCCGUUCUUUUUCUCACGCUAACGAUGAAAUUAGUGGGUCUGUUAAGUGCCAUACUCUAUACACGCAUAGCCGUUCUUCUUCUCACGCUAACGAUGAAAUUAGUGGGUCUGUUAAGUGCCACACUCUAUACACGCAUAGCCGUUCUUUUUCUCACGCUAACGAUGAAAUUAGUGGGUCUGUUAAGUGCCAUACUCUAUACACGCAUAGCCGUUCUUUUUGUCACGCUAACGAUGAAAUUAGUGGGUCUGUUAAGUGCCAUACUCUAUACACGCAUAGCCGUUCUUUUUGUCACGCUAACGAUGAAAUUAGUGGGUCUGUUAAGUGCCACAUUCUAUAUACGCAUAGCCGUUCCUUUUCUCACGCUAACGCUGAAAUUAGUGGGUCUGUUAAGUGCCACACUCUAUACACGCAUAGCCGUUCCUUUUCUCGGGCUAACGACGAAAUUAGUGGGUCUGUUAAGUGCCAUACUCUAUACACGCAUAGCCGUUCUUUUUCUAACGCUAACGAUGAAAUUAGUGGGUCUGUUAAGUGCCAUACUCUAUACACGCAUAGCCGUUCUUUUUGUCACGCUAACGAUGAAAUUAGUGGGUCUGUUAAGUGCCAUACUCUAUACACGCAUAGCCGAUCUUUUUCUCAGGCUAACGAUGAAAUUAGUGGGUCUGUUAAGUUCCACACUCUAUAUACGCAUAGCCGUUCCUUUUCUCACGCUAACGAUGAAAUUAGUGGGUCUGUUAAGUGCCACACUCUAUAUACGCAUAGACGUUCCUUUUCUCACGCUAACGAUGAAAUUAGUGGGUCUGUUAGGUGCCAUACUCUAUACACGCAUUGCCAUUCUUUUUAUCGUGCUAACGACGAAAUUAGUGGGUCUGUAAAGUGCCACACUCUAUACACGCAUAGCCGUUCCUUUUCUCACGCUGACGAUGAAAUUAGUGGGUCUGUUAAGUGCCAUACUCUAUACACGCAUAGCCGUUCUUUUUCUCACGCUAACGCUGAAAUUAGUGGGUCUGUUAAGUGCCAUACUCUAUACACGCAUAGCCGUUCCUUUUCUCGGGCUAACGACGAAAUUAGUGGGUCUGUUAAGUGCCAUACUCUAUACACGCAUAGCCGUUCUUUUUCUAACGCUAACGAUGAAAUUAGUGGGUCUGUUAAGUGCCACACUCUAUACACGCAUAGCCGUUCUUUUUCUCACGCUAACGAUGAAAUUAGUGGCCGUUCUUUUUGUCACGCUAACGAUGAAAUUAGUGGGUCUGUUAAGUGCCACACGCUAUAUACGCAUAGCCGUCCCUUUUCUCACGCUAACGAUGAAAUUAGUGGGUCUGUUAAGUGCCAUACUCUAUACACGCAUAGCCGUUCCUUUUCUCACGCUAACGAUGAAAUUAGUGGGUCUGUUAAGUGCCAUACUCUAUACACGCAUAGCCGUUCUUUUUGUCACGCUAACGAUGAAAUUAGUGGGUCUGUUAAGUGCCAUACUCUAUACACGCAUAGCCGUUCUUUUUGUCAUGCUAACGAUGAAAUUAGUGGGUCUGUUAAGUGCCACAAUCUAUAUACGCAUAGCCGUUCCUUUUCUCACGCUAACGAUGAAAUUAGUGGGUCAGUUAAGUGCCAUAAUCUAUACACGCAUAGCUGUUCUUUUUCUCACGCUAACGAUGAAAUUAGUUGGUCUGUUAAGUGCCAUACGCUAUACACGCAUAGCCGUUCUUUUUCUCACCCUAACGAUGAAAUUAGUGGGUCUGUUAAGUGCCAUAAUCUAUACACGCAUAGCCGUCUUUUUUGUCACGCUAACGAUGAAAUUAGUGGGUCUGUUAAGUGCCAUAAUCUAUAUACGCAUAGCCGUUCUUUUUCUCACGCUAACGAUGAAAUUAGUGGGUCUGUUAAUGCCAUAAUCUAUACACGCAUAGCCGUUCUUUUCUCACGCUAA